AUCUACCUACCAGCUGCUACAUUCUUUUGCAAAUGUACACAGCCUGCUGCUGAGGCCCUGACAGGAAUCGAGACCUUAGAUAAAUUAUUUAGCUCUUGAACAAGAAAAAUGGUUCAGAAGAUUAUAAUUGUGGCACUGGCAAUGCUGUUGUUGGCAUCUGCUGCCACUUUUUUGGGUGUGUUCUUUGGUGUGGGGAACAGGAAGCCAGUGAGUGAUGAGGUUUACCUGAAAGCAGCAGUGGCAGCAGAUGCUGGAAUAUGUUCAGAGAUUGGCAGAGAUAUACUCCUGAAAGGGGGCUCUGCAGUGGAUGCGUCGAUAGCAGCUUUAUUAUGUGUUGGAUUAUAUAAUGCUCAUAGUAUGGGCAUAGGAGGAGGACUUUUCUUCACCAUCUACGAUGGAAAAACUGGGAGAGUUGAGACCAUUGAUGCCAGAGAAACAGCACCACACAAUGCGUCAGAGAACAUGUUUGGGAACAGUACAGAUUUAUCCCGGAAAGGAGGCUUGUCCAUUGCUGUACCAGGGGAGAUUCGAGGCUAUCAACUGGCACACCAGCGACAUGGCAAACUGCCCUGGAAAGACUUGUUUCAGCCAAGCAUUGAACUUGCAGAAAAAGGAUUUCCGUUGGGCAAAGCACUUGCCUCAGCUCUGUCCCAAAACCAAAACACUAUUAAGAAAGACACAGCUUUGUGUGAAGUUUUUUGUGGGAAAAAUGGUGACGUCCUAAAAGAAAAUGAAACCAUUAAAUUUAUCAAACUGGCAGAAACCUAUAGGAAGAUAGCAGAGGAUGGACCGAAUGCUUUCUAUGAAGGACAGCUGGCUCAGAAUCUUGUGAAUGAUAUUCAGGCAGCAGGCGGCAUCAUCACAAUGGAGGAUCUGAGGGAUUAUGUGCCUGUCUUGGAUGUGAACCCUCCAAGGGUGAAUGUGGGGGAGUACACCAUGGCUGUUCCCAAUGCCCCCGCUAGCGGCCCUGUGCUAUCGCUGAUAUUAAACGUUUUGAAUGGGUACAACUUCAGUGCAGAUAGUGUGGUGACCCCAGAGAAAAAGAUUCUAACCUACCAUCGUAUAGUGGAGACCUUUCGUUUUGCUUAUGCAAAGAGAACUUUACUUGGAGAUCGAAAUUUUUUAAACAUAACUGAUCUUAUCCAGAAUAUGACCUCAACUUCGUAUGCUGAUAGGAUCCGUGAAAAGAUUACUGAUGGAACUACACAUCACAUGAGCUAUUAUGAGCCUGAGUUUUAUUUAUCUGAAAAUCACGGGACGGCACACGUCUCUGUAGUAUCAGAGGAUGGAAGCGCUGUGGCCGCCACCAGCACCAUCAACCACUAUUUGGGCUCCAAAGUCAUGUCAAACUCAACAGGGAUUCUACUCAACAAUGAGAUGGAUGACUUCAGCUCACCACUCAUUACAAACGGCUUUGGUGUGCCUCCUUCUCCGAGCAACUUCAUCAGGCCAGGGAAAAGGCCAAUGUCUUCCAUGUGUCCAACCAUCCUUUUUGACAAAAACAACAAAGUCAAGAUGGUGGUCGGAGGCUCAGGAGGAACAAAAAUCACUACAUCUAUUGCUCUGGUGAUCCUGAAUGCACUAUUUUUCGACUAUGAUCUAAAGAAAGCUGUGUCAGAGCCAAGGGUCCACAACCAGCUGAGUCCCAACAUCACUGUGGCAGAGCACGACUUUGACAAAAACAUCCUGAACGGUUUAGCAGAGAAGAAUCACGAGACAGAGUUCCUCACUUCCACAGGAGCCGUGGUGCAGGCAGUAGUUCGUUAUGAAAAAGGACUGCACGCUCAGUCGGAUCAUCGCAAGUGGGGGUAUGCAGCUGGAUACUGAAGUCAUAAACACACCUCUGAUGACACACAGUAUAGUGUCUGAACUUUGACACCUGCAGAACCAGCUAAGAAAUUAGAAACGUGAUAAAGAGCCAGCAACCACAAUCAACAGUCGUAGGCACUCUGUACUUAGAGUAAUGUUCAUGUGCUUUAUAACACACUGUACCUCAGCUGAUUGUAGUACCUUUUCAAUUUCUAUUUCACCUCAUCAUUUGUAAUAAAAAAUCUCUCUAUAUAUAUUUAAAAAGUAGCAAUAAAGGUUUUUUUUAUAUGAAAUGUGACAACAGUCUUGUGCAAUUGUUAAUAUUCUUAUUGACCUUAGUGACAAAUUGCUGCACACAUACAAUUUACAUCUAUUUAAGGAGCACUUUUUGUAAUAUUUUGCAAUAUUUAGCUGUUUCCAGAUACUUAAUGUGAAAAUACUGAAUAAGGCACAUGAGUUAUUAUAAAUAUCAGACUGUAAAAUCUCAGAGACAAACAGUUCCAGAAAAUACAAUCAUGACUAAGUAAUUUCCCACAAAUCAGUAGCCUGUAAUGACCUUACCACGACAUAACAUCUGUUGUUAGACCUGUCACUGCUGGGAUUUAGGGCACUGUUGUUUUCAGUUCAGUUGUAUUAGUAAAAGUGCCUUUUACUAUUUCUGAAUGCUUUCCUUGCACCAUCUGUAAAGCUUUUAAUGUUUUGUGUAAAGUACUUUGAAUUGUCCUGUACAUGAAAUGUGCUAUACAAACACACUUGCCUUGCCUUGUAUUGCAUAAUCAAGUGCACUGUUAAAAUGCAUUAUUUUUAUUCAAUGGUGAUUGUAAAAUAAAUUUAUUUGAUAAUACAAAAGGUUACUUCAAUGAAUCGAAAGUCACCUAUUUACUAGUCUGUUAUUUAAAUACAGUUACAGCACAUUUGCGUGUCCCUUUAAGGCUUGGUUUGUG